AUGGAGAAGCAGCCCUGCGGCGAGGACGAGUGCGUGGACUCGGGAGCGGAGACGGGCGGGUCUGAGUACAGCCGUAUGUCCUCUACCAGCAGUGAACUUUCGGUGGAAGGCAUACAAGAUCCUUUCCUUGUUAGUGUACAUAUCAUCACAGACCCAGGUGAAUCCAAGACUCUUCAGCAGGCCAUUGAUAAGCUUCUAGCCUGGAUCCAUCCAGACCUCCAGCUGUUUCGGGUCUCAGAAAGACGAGUGCCCAGGAAGCGCAGGAAGCCGGUCAAGGCUGGUGUUUGUCAGCCAGCCCUCGCUGUCAUUCUGUUCCUGCAAGAGGAGUACGGAGAAGAACCCAUCUUGCAGCUCCAUGAAACUUUUCAGCGGCCACCUUGGCAUUACCACCACACAGAGUUAAUGCAUGGGAAAUUCCUCCCUUACAUGCCAUGCAGCCAAGACUUUUACACUUUGGCUCCAGAGACUCCUCUGUGGGCCAUUCGCCCAGUGCACUACGGGAAAGAAAUGAUCCGCUUCACCAUAUACUGCAGGAAUGAAAAUUUUGUGGACAUUUUGAAAUUGUAUGAGUUAAUACUGAAAAGACCAAUGUGUCAGAAAAAAGCGGACUUUUGUGUUUUUCCUGUCUAUUCUAACAUGGAAAUAGACAUUCAGUUUUCUUUAAAAAAACUCCCAAAGGGACAAGUUCCAGUGAGGACAGAGUCAGCCGUGCUGGAGUUCAGAGUAAAAGAUGUGGGGCAGCUUGUACCUCUCUUGCCCAACCCUUGCAGCCCCAUCAGUGAAGGCAGGUGGCAGACAGAAGACCACGAUGGAAAUAGGAUCCUUUUGCAGCAAGCACACAGUUGGUGUAGGAAGUCUGCAAGGCAGAACAAGCAAUCGUAUCCAUCUGUGUCAACAGAUUCCCACCUCACCACUCUGCCAGCCUUUCUUCCUCAGAGCCACCAAUCUGUCUCUGAACAGCCACAAGAAAUGGGUGAAGAAAAGGUACAUCACACGAAUGGCCUUGGUCAUUAUCUUGGUUUCUCCCAGCAGGACUUGAGACACGGUGAUCAAGGAGACUUCACACACAGAUCCAGGAGCACCUCCAGCAUUUCUUGGUCGUUUCAACGAAGCAAGUCUCUGUUCUGCUUGCCCACAGUGAACUCUCCUUUGGUGUCAGAGACAUUUCAUUUCAGUGAACCAUGUCAGUUUUUAAACACUGGGUCACCUGCAACCAGGUUAAAAACAUGGAAAUGCAGCCCCAAGCUUAACAUUGUUGACUUGGAGGGUGCCCAAGAGACUGAUGUGGACACAGGGAUGAAGCUGUCCUUCUCAGACCUGUCUGUGGUUUCUGCAUACUCUGCCCUUAAUGGAUUUUGCAGUGAGUUGGAAGACUCUCUUCCAUCACAGAAACGAACGGUCACUAGGGCAAAACAGGCAGCCACCAGUGGAAGGCCUGUAUCAGCCAUGUGCAAUACUUUUGAGUCAGUUGAUGGUUCACUGCCUUCUCUUUCAGAAUGGUCUUCCAGCUCUUUCAUGUCAGCAUCUCUCUCUGAGCAACACAAACAGCCCUUGAGAGCAGCUCCUUGUUCUCUGGAUGAUCAUAUUUGCCCAGCUUCAUCAGUUAAUGAAGAAGAAUUUUACAUAUGAGGUUUCUCUAUCUUAUACCUUCCAGAGGAAACGUGCUCUACUUGUGAAUGACAGCAGUGGGUCCACCCUGAACUUACAGAAGGUUCCUUGCUGAGGAGAAGGUGAUACAGAAGUGUGUUAAACAUUUGAAAAAAAAUACUCAGAACCCUCUGAGGUUGGCAUUCCCAAACUGGGUACAGGAAAGCAGUCUGAGAUUGCACCCUGUAUCUUUGUACUGGAGGAUACGAUAAGCACAGAGGCUUUUGCACAGCAGCACAAGGUGGAUGUUUUGUGACCAGCCCUUGUACUGGUGGUGAAGGAAAUGCCAGAAGAGGCACAUAGUAUUCCAUUUUAGUUUGGCAGAAAAUGAAGACUAAUUUGUGAAAACAAAUUGCUUUAACUUUUCUGAGAAAUUCCCUUAACUCAAGAAAGAUGGGAAAAGAAAGGGAUCUUAUUUCCCUUUCAAAGGUUCCAAAGGCAGCUCUAAGCACAGCAGGUCCCAGCAACACAGCCUUGGUAGGGUCAGGCAAGAAGUUUCUUGGUAGAAACACUUUCCUUCCAGCCUUUGAGAGCUGCCAGUGAUGAGGCGAGGCAGAACUGCACAAACAUCAAGGCUGGAAGAGGUCUUCAAGAUCAUGUAAGUCCAAGUGACAACCUAGCACUACCAUAAUCACCCCUAAACCAUAUCCCCAAGUGCCACAUCCUGACACCUCUUGAACCCUUCCAGAGACUGACUCCACCAACUCGCUGGACAAUUUAUUCUAAGGUCUGACCACCCUUCCAGUGAAUAAUUUUUUUCUAAUGUCUAAUCUGAUUCUACCCUGGUGCAAGCUAAAGCUGUUUCCUCUCAUCCUUUCACUCAAGAUAUGGCAGAAGAGACCACCCCCCACUUCACCGCAUCCUCUUUUAUAGUAGUUGUAGAAAUCAAUGAGGUAAUCCCUGAGUCUCCUUUCCUCCAGGCUAAACAAUCCCCGUUCCCUCAGUUGUUCCUCACCAGACUUUCGCUCCAAAUCCUUCUCCAGCUCCAUUGCCCUUCUCUGGACAUGCUCCAGUGCCUCAAUGUCCUUCUUGAAUGAAGGGCCCCAGAACUGAACACAGAAUUCAUGGUGCAGCUUUCACCAGUGCCAAGUACAGGGGUCAAUCCCUGCCCUGGUCCUGCUGGCCACGCUUUUGCUGAUACAGGCCAGGAGGCCGUUGGCCUUCUUGGCCACUGCUGGAUCCUGUUCAGCUGGAUCUUGACCAGCAACCCCAGGUCCUUUUCCAGCCACUCUUCCCCCAGUCUGUAGCAAUGCAUGGGACUGUUUUGACCAAAGAGCAAGACUCAGCACUUGAUUCACCUUACUGAACUCUCCAAGACUUUCGUCAGCCCACCAAUCCAGUCACAAUCCCUCUGGAGAGCCUUCUUGCCCUCCAGCAGAUCAACACUCCCACCCAACUUGGUGUCAUCUGUGAACUGACUGAGGAUGCACUCAAUCCACUCAUUCAAAUUGUCAGUGAAGAUGUGAAAUAGAACUUGCACCAGUGCUGAGCCCUGGGGAACACCACCAGUCAUCAGCAGCCACCUGGAUUUAGUUCCAUUCAGGACUGCUCUCUGGGCCUGGCCAUCCAGCCAGUUUUAUUCAGUUAAGAGUCCAUACAUCUGAGCCAUAAGCAGCCAGUUUCUCCAGGACAGUGCUGUGGGAGACAGUUUCAAAUGCCUUCCUAAUGUCUGGAUAGACAACAUCCAGAUUUUCCCUCUCCUACUAAGUGGAUCACAUUGUCAUAGAAGAUCAGGUUGUUCAAGCAGGACCUGCUUUUCAUAAACCCAUGCUGGCUGGGCCUGAGCCCUUGGUUGUCCUGCACAUGCCACAUGAUGGCACUCAGGAUGAUCUUCUCCAUGACUUUCCCCAGUACCGAGGUCAGACUGACAGGCCUGUAGUUCCCCAGAUUGUCCUUCCAACCCUUCUUGUAGAUGGUCGUUACAUCUGCUAAUUUCCUGUCAACCAGGACUUCACUGGUAAACCAAAACUGCUGAAAAAGGGUUGAAAAGGGCUUGGCAAGAUCUUUUCCAGCUCCCUCAGUAUUCUCAGGUACAUCACAUCAGGGCUCAUAGAUGUGCGUCUAACUGGGACAGAAGGUCAUUAACACUUUCCUCACGGACUGUGGGGACUUCACUCAUUUCCUCAUUCCAAACUUCCAGCUGUCGUUGCUGGGGAUCCUGGGCACAACUGGCUUUGGUGUUAAAUGCUGAGGCUAAAAAGGCAUUAGGUACCUCAGCAUUUUCCUCCUCCCUUGACACUGUGCUACCCUGUGCGUCCAGCAAAGAGUGGAGACCCCUUAGCCCACCUUUUGCUGCCAAUGUAUUUAUAGAAACUUCUUUGGAAGAAGCGUCACUCCUUCCCCAGAGAAGAAGAAAUUCCACUAUAUCUUUUACUUUGACAGACUAGGAUGCAGAAAGUGCCAAAAGGGAAACCUUAGAGAACAUUUGCAGCCCUCUCACCCAGAAAGCCCGUCCCUUCCAGCAAGAAGGGAGCCAUCUGGACUGUUGUCUGAACCGCUUGUACCGACAGUGAUAAUCUGAGUAAACUAUGUUUGCUACUUCUAUCUCAGGCAAUACAGCUUACCUUUUUGGAAUACAAACCAAGAAAGAUAACACAACGUUUUUAUAUAUUGCUAUACCAUUAGAUCCAAAUAAAAGACAGCUUCCUGCUUUUUAAGGGGUUGUUAUUUUUCUGUUAAGAAAAAAAUAAUGCAGAAACGUAUUCUUUGUAUUUCAGUGCAAGCAUACUUCUUUCUGGAUAAAACUUGUUUCUUCUUGAAAACCUCUCCUCAAAGGGAAAGCAUGUCAAAUUUUCUGACUUUCAGAAGAUCUUUUUAAAAUAUGCAUUUUUGAUAACUUGUUUUGCCCUAAUUAAAUUGAUGUUCAAAAAAAAAAAAAAGUGAAAAGCUGCUAAUAUGACAACUAAGUACCUUCACCAGGAUUUAAAUCAUAUAAACAGAUUUUAUAACCCGUGUUCUGAAAAUUACAUUUUUGGCUGACAAGUGUCACUGAUAACAAGUCUGGUCGAGCCACUGGGGAAAUGACCAUGUUAAAAGGUGUAUGAAUGAUGCUGGGUGUAACCUAUGUACAGGUGUAAACGCUGAAGACCUACCAUGAUGGCAUUUGUGGUGUGUGGAAUAAAAACUUAUUUUCAGAGAAAGUUAUUUGCUGUAUUACCAGGUAAUUUUAAUCAAAAGAAUUUCUUGCAUUGGAAGGGGAAAAAAAAAAAAAAGGUGGAAAAGUGCACACAUACUGUAAAUAAUAAUUACAAAAAGUGGAACAGCUCCCCUGGCCCAUUUAAGUAAGUGCGUGGUUUUUAGAAACUAUUCUGGAAGAAAGUCUAGAGAAAAAUGAGUACAGGUUUUUAAGGAAGGAACCUGCAGCCUGAGGCCAGAAGAGACCAGAGGGAUAGUCAAGGCUUUUUUCUUUUGCUGUUGUUUUCUUCACACAGGAAAAAAGGCAACAAACUGAAGUCCAACUCUCCUCUCUGUGAGAUGCUGUCAUAGCAUUUACCAGGGGUAGGCUUUUUCUUCUAAACACAAUGAAUAAAUAGGAAAAUCUAUUCAAGGUAAAGAGCACAGAAGAUUAUCAGCCUUCUCCUGACCUCUAAAACUAUUUAGGCUUACUGUAGUUUUGGGUAAACUAUUCUCUUUCUGGGACCAAAAAUAACACUAAUGAAGAAUUUGUCAUGGUGUGUGUUUACCUGCUCUAUGCUCCUUCAGACCCCACACAGUCUUUCCUCUGACUGUUGUGACCUUUAGAUCAAAUCCCCACCCGUAACACGUGGACUUGAUUUAUCUAAAGUUGUAUUCUCAUGUUAUUGUUUGUACCCUGUCAAAAUAUAUAUAAAACAUUAUGAAGUCAGACUAGUCACUUUUUCCAUCAGCUUGCAUUUCACCAUACAAACUGUGAUGCCUGGGACAGUCAGCAUCCAUGUGUUUAAAUUUAUGCUUCAUAGUUUUCUGUCCAUAAUCACAGCAUUUUCACCAUAUUUUAAUAAUCCAGGUAACAUUUGAUUUGGACAUGAAAUAAAAAACUUGUUUGAGCUGAGGUAGCUGUCUGAUCCUGGCAUCAUGCCAACCCUGAGACUCCUGACAAAAGCUGAUUGGGGUUUUUAGUGAAGAGGAGGCUCUGAAUCAUCUUUCUGCUAAGGCAUGCCUCUAGAAGGAGUCUAUCACAGGGGGGCUGCCACGUGCUGUGGCAGGAAGCACUGGUAAUGGAGAUCCACAGGGAAACACAGAACAGCUCAAGUGUCAGUCUUGAGGUUCGUGUGUGUUACUAACCAGCAGCUCCACCCUGCUCCAGAUUUUGCCACAUUAAUCCUGAUGGGAAGAAAGCCAAAUGAGUGUCCACACACUCUGCAUUUGUACUGUCCCCACUGGUUCUGUCUCUGUUCUGUUUACUGAUACCUAACUAGAGAUUAAAGUUUUAAAUGUUUACAUUUAUGGUGCUUGUGACCAAAUCUUGUAAAAACCUGAGUGUCCUACUGUCAGGAAAAACAGAGGUGAUAGGAUACAGAAAACUUUCUGUUUAUAAAAGAAAGCCAGAUUAUGAAGCAUGUUUCACUGAAGGUAGGCUUCAUUAAUUCUUUUCCCGUUAUUUAAGAAGGGGCUUAUCUCUUCAGAGACUUGAAUAUGCACAAGUUUCAUGGCAUUUACUUAUUGAUUUGGUUAAAUUAUCAACAAUGUAUUUUGAGAAC